AUAAGACUUCCUGUUUAUUUUAAAGAGUUUUCUUAAAUACUGCGAAAAGUAUUUGCAUCUUUUUAUCUUGUUUUUGAAGUUGCCUUGAAGAACACUUAACGGAUUUAAAAUCAAAUCCUUGAUCUUUGAAUUCAUGGUUUUCCAACUCUCCAUCAAUAUGACCGUCGAAUCAACCACCGUCGCGCACGGUAACACCACCGUCGUACCGAACGGAGAUGCUUCCAACGGUAACAUUAUCCCUACCUCCAAGAAACCACGUGAGAGCGACCGUGGCCGCCGCCGCAGGCGGAAGCAGAAGAAGAAGAGCAACAAAGCAUCAUCCCGUGCCCCCGAUGUAGAAGAAGCGGAGGCAGAUCCGCAGCAGCCACAGGUAUGUGAGCAGAUUGAGAUUGAGUAUGUUCUAGAGCAGCCUGAAUUGGAAGAUGCUUUUAGCGAUGAGUUUAAGCAAAUCUUUGACAAGUUCAGUUUCAGGGAACCUGUUGCCUCUGAGGAGGACGAGGCUAAGAAGGAUGAAUCUGAGGAGAAUAAAGACGAGGACGAUGAAGAAAAAGAAGAGAAGGUCAUGAUCUCUAAGAAGCAAAAGAAGGUUGAACGGAGGAUGAAGAUUGGUGAGCUGAAGCAGGAGUCCGCUAGGCCUGAUGUUGUUGAGGUCUGGGACGCUACUUCAGCAGUCCCAAAGCUGUUGGUGUUUUUGAAGUCGUGUCGCAAUACAGUUCCUGUUCCAAGACACUGGUCUCACAAGAGAAAGUAUUUGCAGGGAAAGCGUGGUGUAGAGAAGGCGCCGUUCCGUCUUCCUGAUUUCAUUGCCGCAACCGGGAUUCAGGAAAUUAGACAGGCUUACAUUGACGGUAAUAAAAAGAAGUUGAAGUUGAAGCAGAAGCAACGGGAGGAGCGAAUGCAACCAAAGAUGGGAAAGAUGGAGAUUGACUACCAGGUGCGCCAUGAUGCGUUCUUCAAAUACCAAACAAAGCCGAAGCUGUCUGCUCUUGGGGAUUUAUAUUUUGAAGGGAAAGAAUUUGAGGUUAAACCGAGGAGGGAAACGAGACCAGGGACAUUAUUGUCACACGGCUUAAAAGAAGCUCUUGGUUUGGCUCAAGGCGCUCCUCCCCCAUGGCUAAUUAAUAUCUUUGGCGUCCAGCAGCAAGAUCAGCCUAACUAUGAGGAUGAGCCUAUUGAUAAGAGCAAGCACUGGGGUGACUUGGAGGAGGAAGAAGAAGAAGAAGAAGAAGAGGAGAUGGAGGAAGAAGAGGAACUAGAAGACGGCAUGGAAUCGGUUGAUACAAUGUCAAGUAUAGAGACACCACCGGAUGCAAUAGAACUUCGUAAGGAGCAGAGAAAGGAACCAGAUAGGGCUCUAUAUCAGGUACUUGAAGAAGAAAAGGGAGAGAGUGUUGCUCCUGGAACUUUGCUGGCACCCACACACACGUACGUUAUUAAAACUGCUACUCAAGACAAGUCAGGAGCGAAAAGGGUUGAUUUGCUGAAAGGACACAAGAAGACAGAUCGCGUGGACGUCAGCUUACGGCCAGAAGAGCUGGAGGCCCUGGAGAAUGUGUUGCCUGCCAAGUAUGAGGAAGCAAGAGAAGAGGAGAAACUACGCAAUAAGCCAGAGGACUUCAGUGACAUGGUCGCCGAGAAUAAUUCCAAGAAAAGGAAGCGUGACAAGGAAGGGAAGAAAAAGAGAGAUUUCAAGUUUUGAACAAGCUGUGUUUGUCUCUAGACAUGAGAGAGAGAUUCAUUUUGCCUGAGAAUGUGUCUUUACGAAACGUUGAGAGAGGUGUUGAGGUAGAAAAUCUUCGAGUUAAAAAAACAAAAAAAACUAAAUGCUGUGGAUUCUAGACAUGUACUGUGUUUCCUUAAGUUUUUUAAAAAACUUGUUUAAA